CCAACACUCGCAAGCCCAAACAUUAGUAUCCCCUUCACAGGAACCCUAAAUCUGAAACUACCUUGAUUCCGCUCUGCCACGACUGAGAAAAUAGCGACGCGGAAACACGCUCGUCAUCACGAUCCUGCCAUCCAGCGCGGCGUGUCCAGCGAUUCCGCUCUCCGAUGAGUCUGCGCAGGUUGAAGAAUCGCGAGGCCAGCUGCCGGUGAAGAAUCGCGCGAUUUGUCUGGAAGUCGCGAUUCAUCCCCGAUACAGAGAUUCAACCACGAUUCAGGAACAAAAACGAGACAACCUCCUAUUCGUAUCGGUAGCAGCUGGAAUCGUAUCGAAUCGUGUGAAUACGUAUCGUGAAUCGUUCAAUGUUCUAUCUCAGUAAAAUCGAACACGAAUUGCCCCUGCCUCCUUCUCGUCUUGUUCUUCCUAUUCGAGAAGCUAUACACAUGGAGCUUGAGAAGCUUUUCUUAGAUAAGGUUAUAGCAAACUUGGGCCUCUGCAUUAGUGUCUAUGAUAUCAGAUCGAUUGAUGGUGGGUUUAUCUUCCCUGGUGAUGGGGCUCCAACCUAUACGGUUGUGUUCAAUUUGAUUAUGUUUCGUCCAUUUGAGAAGGAGAUUAUUACUGCAAGGCUUCUUUCAUCUGAUGCUGAUGGCUUACGAUUAACCAUUGGAUUCUAUGAUGAUAUUUAUAUUCCUGCAAGUCGUUUGCCCGACCCAAACCACUUUGUUGAGACUGAACCGAAAAAAAGGGUAUCCUCUGGCCAAGAGUCAACGGCUAAUCCCUCAAGCAAGAAAGGCAUGUGGUAUUGGGAUUAUGAUGAACAAGAAUAUCCUAUUACUGAUGUGAUCAAAUUCCGAGUUACUAAUGUGAGUUAUCCCCAAAUUCCAGUUGAACAACCAAAAGAAUCAAAGCCAUUUGCCCCUAUGUUGGUCUCUGGAGCGAUAGAUGAUGAUGGUCUAGGCCCUAUUUCUUGGUGGUUUGGAGAUGAGGAUGAGGACGAGUAAAUGAGUCCAAAAAUGGUCGGAUAGAAGAUAUUUCGGAUGCUUUCUGCAUGAUUUUUAAUUUAACAACUCAAGUUACAACUCGACAACAGUAUACUUUUGUUAAAUUCCUUUGCUUCAUAAAGUAUUUAAUUCAAUGAAAUCAUUGUUUUGCCUUUUAAUUUCAGCGUCCUGAAUACCCACGUACAGGAAGAGUAAAAGUGUUUGUACAUAAGCUUUUGGGAUCCAUA